AAUGUGAGCCGUUUUUGACAAGGAAUCUGUGAUUCUAUCUCUUGCGAUUAUUAUUCUGUGUAUCGAAUAAAAGAUAAAUACAACAACUUUACCAAUAGAAAGAAAAAUCGAAGCCAAACAGAAAUAUGCAGAGCUUCAAAUCAGCAAGUAUUUUGAGGCGCUUACUGCAGAAUUCGCGCUUGGUUUCUCACUCCAGAAGCUUUUGCAGUGUCUCUACCAAUGCCCUUGUUGAUGAAUCCCAAAGCACUGUGUUAGUGGAGGGAAAAGCUUCUUCGAGAACAGCAAUCCUUAACAGACCCCAUGCGUUAAAUGCUCUCAAUUUUUCAGUUGUGGAUAGGUUGCUAAAGCUGUACAAAAAUUGGGAAGAUGAUCCUGAUAUUGGAUUCGUGGUAUUGAAGGGAAGUGGCAAGGCAUUUUCUGCUGGGGGUGACAUUGUCACUAUUUAUAAUUUGUUAAAACAAGAUGCAGGGAAUCUUCAAGACUGUAAAGAUUUUUGUUGGACAAUAAAUAACUUAGUAUACGUUGUCGGCACACUCUUGAAGCCACAUGUUGCUCUUUUGAAUGGAAUUACCAUGGGUGGUGGGGCUGGCAUCUCAAUUCCUGGAACUUUCCGUGUUGCAACUGAGAAAACUGAAAUAAAAAAUUUAUCGAACUUAAUUGUCAAAGAGGUCUAUCAAAUUUGGCCGGUGCACGAGGUUUUUGCCACACCAGAAACAUUGAUUGGUUACCAUCCCGAUGCUGGGGCGUCAUUUUACCUUUCACACCUCCCUGGUUAUUUGGGAGAGUACCUGGCCCUAACUGGAGACAAGAUCAAUGGAGCAGAAAUGAUAUCCUGUGGGCUUGCUACUCACUACUUACACAGUGCAAAGCUUCCCUUAAUUGAGGAACAACUUGGUAAAUUGAUGACUGAUGAUCCUUCAGUGAUUGAAAGAUCUCUUGAAAAUUGUGGAGAGAUUGUCCAUCCAGAUCCAACAAGUGUACUUCACAGGAUUGAAACUCUCAAUAAAUGUUUCAGCCAUGACACAGUCGAAGAAAUUAUUGAUGCUUUGGAAAGUGAGGCAGCCAAGAAGCAAGAUGCAUGGUGUGUUUCAACAUUGCGAAAACUACAAGAAACAGCCCCACUGAGCUUGAAGGUUUCACUGAGAUCUAUACGCGAAGGCAGACAUCAGACUCUGGACCAGUGUCUAAUUCGUGAGUAUCGAAUGUCAGUACAAGCUUUCUCUGGACAAAUAACUAAUGACUUCUGUGAGGGGGUUCGUGCACGGCUUGUGGAUAGAGAUUUUGCACCUAAGUGGGAUCCUCCAAGCUUGGAUAAAGUAACAGAUGACAUGGUAGAUCAGUAUUUUUCUCGGCUAACAGCAUUUGAGCCUGAACUGGAGCUACCUACACAGCAACGUGAAGCAUUUACAUAAUUUUUGGGUGGGGCAACUUCUCAACUCUGAAGCUACCAGAAGAAUAGGAAAAGGGGAAAGAAAAUCUGUGAAUAUCAUUUAUUUUUCUUUACAGAAUAAACAUUGAGCAGUUAAGUCUUGAUAUGGUCGCAUUUGCAAAUCUCUUUUCCAUACAUAUCUGCUAAAGCAAGAAAGAGUAAUAUGGUGCACAAGAAUGACACUUUGGGAAGUCAAAUUGAUGACAAACAUAUCUUUUUAGUAACAAAAAGAACAGAACUUUUAGCUGGUAGGCCGUGGGUAUAAGCCCUCCCUAUUCCAACUUUAGUAGAGGAAUGAUUGCUUA